UUUUAGUUUAUUUUUCAAUUAGCCACAUUAAGAUUAACAUCUAAUGCUUAUAAAAUUCCUCAGUUCAUAUUCUAGAACUUAUGAAUCAGUUAAAAUUGGAAUGAGUAGAAAUUUAUUUAUUUUAAACUUCCGACUAAAACGCAUUUACGCACUAAAUGUUACGAAAUAAAUAGUGCUAUAAACUAUGUCACAUAAAAAAGAGCCGACAGAAAUAAGUAAAAUAGAGAGUGAGAGGUUUGAGACGCCUUUAUAAGGGAGUGGGGGGCGGUCUAAGUGUAAAAAGGAUAUAUAUAUUUGAAACGGAACACCACCCUCUUCUAAAUUUCUAUGACCAGUGAGGGUUUUCUGAUAAUCAUUUGAGCCUCAAGUUUGAAACAGAACGCAUGCUUUCAUUACCUUCGAUUUUUGUUAUUUAAUUCUUAAGUUAGUUGUUUAUAUUUGAAUCUUUUCUCUGAAAUUUUAUUUUUUACAUUAUAUUUUAUACAGUUUGAUUUACGUUAUUUCACUCAUGAACAGAAAAUCUAGUCAAGCGUGGAAUUUUUUCACGCGACUCGAUCGUGAAAGUAAAUUAGCGAAAUGUAAGCUUUGUGGCACGAAAUUAUCUUAUAAAAGUUCAGUAACAAAUUUGAGUAAACAUAUUUUGCGUAAACACCCAUCAAUAAAUCUUUCCCGGCGUGAAGAGCGAAAUAUUCCGCCCGUUUCUACUGCAACCUGUGCUGCUGGAUCUAGCCAUUCGAAUGAUGAACCAGACAUUUCUCCAAUUAUUGAUGAACCAGACGAACCGGCAGUCAUCGUUCAACCAUCAAGUUCCCUCCAUCAACCAUCAAGUUCCCUCCGUCAACCAUCAAGUUCCCUCCAUCAACAUUUAAUUCAAGAAUUUUUAUCGAAAAAGGUAACCAUUUCAGAUAAAAAGAAAAUAGAUGAAGCAUUCAUAAAACUAUUCACACAAGAUUUCCAACCCUUUUCAAUAGUAGAAGACGAAGGAUUUAAGAGUUUUGUGAAGGCUCUUAACCCCAACUAUAAUUUGCCUAAUCGAAAAACUAUUUCUGGGACUUGGCUCCCUGCAAAAUUUGAAGAAUGUUCAUAUAUCAUUCAUGAGAAAAUGAAGGAUGUGGAUAGCAUGUGUCUAACUAUCGAUUCUUGGACAUCGAGGAAUAAUGAGAGUUAUUUGGCCGUCACUGGACACUUUAUUGAUAUUGAUUUCGAUUUAAAAACUGUACUUUUGGGUUGCAAGAAAUAUGAUGACUCUCAUACAGCUUCGCAUCUGGCCAUGAGAAUAAAGGAUUUAACUGAUGCAUUUAAUGUAUCAAAUAAAAUUUUAGUUUGUGUUACAGACAAUGCAACAAAUAUGAAAAACGCUGUAACAGUUGAAUUAAAACUAAAACAUUUCCCUUGUUUAGCUCAUACGCUAAACCUUAUUGUACGUGAUGCGUUGAAACUACUUCAUGAAUUAAUAGAGAAAAUUAAAAGUGUCGUAGCCUUUUUUAAACGGAGCACAACAUGCAAUGAAAAGUUGCUAAAUUAUCAAAAAAAUAAUGGAAUUGAGCAACCAAAAAAAUUGAUUCAAGAUGUUGUCACUAGAUGGAACUCUACAUUUUAUAUGUUAGAGAGAUACGUACUUCUGAAAGAUGCCAUUAAAACUACAAUAGUCCUUAUAAACAAAGAUUUGCCGAUCUUAUCGGAAAACGAAUGGCUUAUUUGUGAAGAAGUUGUUGAAGUUUUGAGGCCAUUCGAAGAGAUAACAAGAGAACUAAGCGGCGAAAAAUAUGUCACGGCAAGUAAAAUACCAGUAAUAGUAAAAGGAUUAAUAUCUGUGUGUAACAAAUUAUCGAUGAAAUCUAUUCAGCCAAUAACACAAGAUAUUCUUAAACAUUUAAAUACCGGAUUAACUUCUAGACUCGGAAGAGUACAACUUAAUGAAACAGUAACCAUCUGUUCAAUAUUGGAUCCAAGAUAUAAAACAUUAGCUUUGGAGACAACUAGUGCCGAAUUUAUGAAAAAACGUCUUAUUGAAUUUGUUGCAUCUGAAGUUAAAAAAAAGAUGUUAAGCCAAGAAAUAAACAUGCCACCUAGUGAAUUAUCUGCCCAAGAACCGUCUAAGAGAAUGUCUGCAUGGGACGAUUUCGAUUCUAUAGUGUCAACGCAAAAACCCCAAGGAACGGCUCUCUCAGCAGCGACAGUAGAAGUGAACAGGUACCUAGAUGCCAGUUAUUUGCCUAGAACAAUGAAUCCAUUACUUUGGUGGAAAGAAAAUUAUCAUUUAUUCCCAACAAUUGCAAAAAUUGCAAAAACAAAGCUUUGCAUGGUAGCUACGUCAGUUCCUUGUGAACGCAUUUUUUCAAAAGCUGGAUAUGUAGUAAAUGACAGACGAGCUCGCCUUAAUAGUAAACAUGUAGAAAGAAUUUUAUUUGUAAAUGCCAAUUCGCACUUUCUGUAAUUGCAUGCAAUUUAUUCACAAGUUAUAUCCUGCUCCAUAAUAUAUCAUAUAUUAUUUGAAUUUAUAAACAUUAUUUUGCUUACAAGGAACUUAUCGUAUUUUUUCUACAAUUUUAUAUAUAAAUUAUUUUGCCUCCAUAUAAAAUAACUGAUAGUGUACUUUAUUUUGUAAAACAAAGCAGGCCGGUUAUAUUUUCAUAUACACAUUGUUAUUAGUACUUUUUGCAGUUUUUCUUUUAAAGCAACUAAUAGCAUAAUCAACUGCAAAAUUAAAUAAAUUUGUGUUUUUCUCUUCUUUUUUUUAAAAUUCUAUCGGCGAAUUUUCUUAUUUGUAAGCACCUGGAAAAAAAAUUAUUUUUUCGCACAUACAAAUUUGCACUUUCAGUAACUGCAUGAAAUUCAUUCAGAUUUUAUUUCAUGCACUACAGCAUUGCAUAUUUUAUUUAAAAUUGUUUAAAUUUUAUUUGCCUAACGAUGUAAUGUAAAGAUUAAGUUCUGUUUUGUUUCUUUUUAAAAAGGAGAGAAUGCUGGUUAUGUUAUGUAGCUGGUUAUGUCUAUAUU